UUCACCUCGCUGCCCCGCGCAGGGAACAGGAGUCAGGAAUCAGGAGAAGUCCAGCUCCUUCUCCACUUUGAACAGACCACGACUCACUCGUGCUCAUGAAGCUCGACCUUCUCUGCUUUUCCCACAUUUCCUCUCCACCUGCUGCUUUUCUCCUCCUCCUUGUUCUUGUCUUUUGACCUCAUAACCUGAUUUUCUCGCUCCAAUCGGUUUACUCCCUCCUCUCUCUCUCUCUCUCUCUCUCUGUCUCUCUCUCUCUCGCUCGCUCGCUGCCCCACUCUCUCUCUCUUCCCUCUCUAUUUCCAUCUUUGAGCUUUAUCCCUUCAUCCCUUAUCUCCUUCAUCCCCACCAAUCCUCAUCUGUUUUUCACUGUGGAGGUAGAGACAGGUCGGCUUCAUCAGUCUGUUGGAGGAGCAGCGAGCUGCCGGUGCAUCCUGGGACUGGACGAGUCUGCACAGGUGCGGGCCGAGAGAAGGGACCACGCUGCUGAGUGCAAAGGCCGAUAGUUUCACUUCCCGUCUGUAACAUCCUCUUCAUCCGUCGCCAUGGCAGCCGAGAAAGCUGAAAUGGAUAAACUGAAAAAGGAGUGCGAUGCGCUUCGUACACAGAUUGAGGCGGCUCGUAAGGCUGUGAACGACGGCAGCAUGUCAGCAUCAGCUGGGGGCGUAGCCGGACUGGGCCGGAUCCAGCUGAAGCUCAGGAAGAACCUCAAGGGGCAUCUGGCCAAAAUCUACGCCAUGCACUGGUCGGCCGACUCCAGGCAGAUGGUGAGUGCAUCACAGGAUGGAAAGCUUCUGAUCUGGGACACCUUCACUGGAAACAAGCUGGUGGCCGUCCCCUUGAAGUCAGCCUGGGUGAUGAGCGUGGCCUUCGCUCCCUCCGGAAACCUGGUGGCCAGCGGCGGUCUGGACAACAUCUGCACAGUGUACAACAUCAAGGCGGCCAGCCCCAAGACCCUGAGGGAGCUGGACGCACACACAGGUUACCUGUCCUGCUGCCGCUUCCUCAGCGACACUGAGAUCCUGACGGCCUCCGGCGACACCACCUGCUGCCUGUGGGACCUGGAGACCGGCAAGCAGAAGACCGUGUUCACCAACCACAUCGGAGACUGCAUGUCGCUGGCCCUGUCCCCCGACAUGAACACCUUCAUCUCCGGAGCCUGCGACUCUCUGGCCAAGCUGUGGGACCUGAGGGAAGGGGCCUGCAAGCAGACCUUCAGCGGCCACACCAGCGACAUCAACGCCAUCGCUUUCUUCCAGAACGGACACGCCAUCAUCACGGGCUCCGACGACUGCUCCUGCAAAAUGUACGACCUGCGCUCCGACCAGGAGGUGAUCACCUACCAGGACCCCAGCCUGAACGCCGGCGUCACCUCCGUGGCCCUGUCCAACUCCGGACGCCUCAUCUUCGCCGGCUACGACGACUUCAACUGCCACAUCUGGGACUCACUGAAGGGGGAGAAAAUCGGCGUGCUGUCCGGCCAUGACAACAGGGUGAGCUGCACCGGCGUCCCCAACGACGGCAUGGGCGUGUGCACAGGCUCCUGGGACAGCUUCCUCAAACUGUGGAACUGAGGCCUCUGCUGCAGAGGGAGUCACCUGGGAGAGGAGGAGGAAGACGAGGGGGAGGAGAGGAGGAGGAGAGGAGGAGGAAGACGAGGGGGAGGAGAGGAGGAGGAAGACGAGGGGGAGGAGGGGAGGAGGGGAGGAGGCUGAAGCCAGGGGUAGAAGAGUAGGAGGAGGCGUGGGUGCAGAGCGUCCUCUCUUUCUCUCUCCCUCUUUGUUUCUUUGUCAGUCAUUUGUGCAAACAGGUUGUAGCCGCUGUGUAAACUCAGCAGGACGCUGCAAGUACAAGAGAGUUUAACCCGUUAAACGCGAAAAAAGAAAAUCAAUAAAAAACAUUUUAAAUUAUAGCACAUUAUUCAAAAGAAUUACUGAGCACGAUUAAGCUCUUAAUGAGAAUAUCAACAAUAACAUUGAUAUAGGAUUUUGACAAUACAAAGAGAGCACGUGAAUACUGACCAUUAAUAAGCUAGGAUUUAUUUUUAUUGUCUUGAGGUCACUGACGUGGGAGAGAGCCCUUCUCUUGCUUAGGUAAAAACAUGGAGACGUACGUUAGCGCGAUGAGAUGUUCUUGCACUGUCUUCUGUCGUGCGUCGCACGCAGAGAACACGUGUCUGCUAGAGUUCUGCUGCUCCUUGAACAAAGCUUCCGAUGGAGGCCGGUGCCGAGACGCCGGCCGAUGGUUCAACGCUGUCAACAUCUCCAGGGUUCAGCAGCACGUUGUAGUACUUUUACACUCCCUCUGUAAAAACACACGAGAACGUUUAUGGAAAAUCUUUCUAAUAAACAUAGAAUUCUGCAUUAACAGCUGUA